AUGGCCACGCCGCCGGCGCCGGAGGCUGCAACAGCUGCCGAAGCGUCUACGCAGCGCCUUUGCGAGCUCCUCGACGAGGUCGCGCGGAAGGAGAGCGCGCUGCAGCAGUUCCGCGCGUUGUUUGAGCGGCUCUGCCGGGACUACGAGGUGGAGCAGCGCAACGCGGCGCAGGCGAAGCUGGAGCUUGAGACGCUCCAGACACGACACGAGACGCAGCGUCAGGAACUCGUCGCCGCCAAGGCCAAGAACGCCCUGCAGGAGGCGAGGAUCAAGGAGGAAGACAGUGUGUGGGAGCGUCGCACGCGGCAGCUGCGCCAGGAGCUUGCGGCUGCUGUGGAGGAACGCGACGCCCUAGCAAGUGAGCGGGAGACGCAGUGGCGGCAGACACGAGCGCUGCGCUCGCAGCUGCAGGAGCAGCAGCUGCAGGACGCGGCGGUUGAGGAGAUGUGGAAGUGUCGACUCGAUGAUGUUCGCAGGGAGGCAGAGAAGAAGGCUCAGGCGGGGAUGCGGGAGCGGGAGGAGCUGGUGCGACUGCGUGAGAUGGAGUUGCAACGGGGCAGCUCGCAGCUUGAGGGGCGCCUUGCCGAUGCGGCUGCUGAAGCAAGACGCCAGCAAGAGACGAAUGAGGCGCUUAUGCUGCGGAUGGAAGACCUGCAGUGUUCCCUGCGGCGGCAGGAAGGUAUGACACAACGCAUUCAGGACGCACUUCAAGUGGAACAGAAGGAGAAGGCGCAGUUGGGGGAGUACAUGGCACUGGAGCGGCAGACGCAUCGCCAGCGACUGGAACAAGCAGAGAAUAGUUACAAGGCUCAGGUGCAAGAGAUGCAGCGCCUUUGUGACCAGCACACGCGUGAGCGUGAGCGACUAGAGAGCGAGAUGGCACGUUGCCAGAGAGAAUCCCAGCAGGAGGCGCAGCGCACGCGUGAACUGUGGCUACAGCAGAAGCAACAGCUUGAGGUGACUAUUGAGUCCCUGCGCGGGGACCUGACACGCGAGCGUAUGCGCUUCGACAAGGCAGAUGAGUCGCACCAGCGUGUGGAGGCGCUCCUGCUGCGCAGUAGGCGUGAGCUGGAGGCCGCGCAGCAGCAGCAGGCGGUGCUGCAGGAGACCAUUGCCUCUUUGCACAAGGCGGCUGCCAAGCGUGACGCCACGCAGGUGCGCUUGGAAGGGGAAAUCACUCGACUGAUUGCCGCCGUCGCAGAGCGCGAGCGCGAGACGGAGCGGUGGAGGUCGGCGGUGGAUCGCAUGGAGUGGCAGUCACGGCUGGAGGUGGCGCGUGACAAGCUGGAGGGUGAGCGCGUGCUUCCUGACCCACUCCCCCCACCGCCGCUGCUGCCGCUGUCUGCGUCUCCCGCCACCCGACGACGUGGACCGACACGCCACUCGGCGCGGGUCACCCCUAAGCGGUCGCCGAUGCAGCAGGCGGAAAGCAUAGACUACACUCCGGCGGCUGGCAGCCCGCUCACGGCAGGCUGCAGGUACUCGUCCAACGUCGAGGAGGACGAGGAGGCCGAAGUGCUUCGCUCGCUCGUGCAGGAAGUACUGCAGGGUUGCAUGGCAACGCACACGGAGCCGUCCGCCGCCCCCACACAUGCCUCCGCUGCGGCUGCGAUUCGUCCUGCGUUUGCGACGGUUGGCAACCACCAAGUGCGAACACCGCGACCCCGGACGACGGCGUCGCGUGCGCGGCGGCCUGCGCAAAGAGGUGACAGGCGCCUUGGGGAAGAC